GGAGGGGCUGUGGAACUACAUAAAGAUGUUCAGGUGGCAGCUGUUUCUGUAAUAGUGGAAUUCAUUUCUCUGUUCUUUCAGUUGGUCCUUUUGUCAAGAUGAUGCUCCACUCAUCUGUCAUAUUUUUAGUUUUAUUAGAAUCUGUUAACGGGGAUUCAAUAAAACCAAAGAAAACGCAGGAGCAAAUUGUGGAGGAAAGUAAUGUCAAUCUAACCUGCAAUUAUGAUGGCACCAUUUACAAUAUACAGUGGUAUCGCCAGUAUCCAAAACGUAAACCAGAAUUCCUCCUCUCCAUCACAGAAGAGGGGUCCAUAAUUAACGCUAUCACACCAUUUCCUCGUCUGUCAUCUUACAUUCACAAGAAAGACAAGCUUGUGCAGCUGGAGAUUUCAGUUGCUGAAGUGACAGACUCUGCUCUGUACUACUGUGCAAUGACGCCCACAAUGACAGGAAAUAUAGACUCACCGUACAAAAACCUCAAGUGCGUCAUUUGUCAAGACCUCACUCCAGUCAAGAAUGAAGUGAACAGUGCAGAAGGUGACACUGUUAUUUUGACCUGCAGCUACUCCAAAACUGCUACAGCUGCAGAUGAUUUAUAUUGGUAUCGACAAGAAACUGGAGCGCCCCAGUUUCUCAUACACCUCUAUGGUCUUCAAAACCUAAAUAAAGCUGAUCCACAAAACCAUCGACUAUCUGCUAACCUGAACGGAGGGAAAGACCGUCUGGACCUGAUCAUCUCUUCUGCUGAAGUGACAGACUCUGCUCUGUACUACUGUGCUGUGAGGCCCACAGUGACAGGAAACAAAGACACACUGUACAAAAACCUGACUAGAAGGUGUCAGAGUGACUGAAGCAUGAGCAAAACUUCUACAGUACUGUUCCCUUCACCAUCAUUAUCUACAUAACAAAACUGGGGAGGGGACAAUCUUAAGGGGAGGUACAAUACAGGUUAUGUGAGGAUAUGUACAAAAAAGAGAAUAAUUUUAGAGUUUGUAUCACAAGCUGUCAUACCAUAGCAAAUGUUUUGUGUGUUUUUUUGCUACAGUGUCCAUACAAUUUUCAAACAAUGUUACUGUACUUUUUGUUUUUCUUUAACAUACUCUCUGGUCUCCUUUGUCAAGAGCUCACUUCAGUGAAGAAUGAAGUUACCAGUGUAGAGGGGGAAGCUGUUACUCUGUCCUACAGCUACUCAAAAACUGCGGAUGCUAAUGAUUAUUUCUUUUUGUAUCGACAAGAAAC